AUGUGGGCAGCGUACGCGUCGUGGAGCGUCCUGCUCACCCUGUUCACCCCGGCGGUGCGCGCGAUUGGACAGGCGACCUGCGUCUCGUUCUCGCCUUCCUCGGCUUCGUUUGCAGUGGUCAGAAAUGGCACCGCUGCAACGAUUCUACUCUCGUCUGACGAUUGGCCCGGAGUCCAGCGUGCUGCCGGCGACUUCGCGACGGAUGUGCAGCGCGUGUCUGGUGUACUGCCGACUCUAGCUAACUAUACCUCUGGCUCUGGUGCCAACUCGUCUGCACCCAUCAUUGUUGGGACACUCGGUCAUUCCUCGUUGAUCGCGCAGGUCGUGAAUAAUACCGGACUGGACGUUUCCUCUAUUGAAGGCCAGUGGGAGGCCUUCUUGACGAGGGAGGUGCAGAACCCGCUUCCUGGUAUUUCCAGCGCAUAUGUUCUCAUUGGUGCGGACAAGCGAGGGACUAUCUAUGCGCUGUAUGAUCACUCUGAACAAAUGGGCGUUUCUCCUUGGUACUGGUGGGCGGACGUACCCACCACACCCAACUCGGAAAUAUACUUCGCCUCCUCGGGCUGCCAGCACGGCGCACCGACUGUCAAGUACCGCGGUAUCUUCCUCAACGAUGAGGCACCGGCACUAACGAAUUGGGCGAUUGAGAAGUAUACCAAUGGUACAGGCUCGGCCGCCACAAACUCCCCUUUUCAGUCGUCCUUCUACACUAGCCUGUUCGAGUUGCUGCUCAGAUUGAAGGCGAAUUAUUUGUGGCCCGCAAUGUGGAGCAGUGCAUUCUACGUCGACGACCCUCUUAACCCCUACUACGCCGACCUGUACGGCAUUGUAAUGGGGACCAGUCACGAAGAACCAAUGACGCGCUCCACGCCCGUCGAAUGGAACAUCUACGGAAGCGGCGUGUGGGAUUACAGUGUUAACCAACAAGCAAUCUACGAUUUCUGGGUGCAAGGCGCUGAGAGGUCAAAGGAGUACGAGACACUGUAUACCGUCGGUAUGCGAGGUGCCGGUGACGAGCCUUUGGCAGAAGGACAAAAUAUUGAGCUCUUGGAGCAGGUUGUCUCGGACCAGAGGGGUAUCCUGGAGACGGUGUUCAAUGGAACUGGGAAGACCAUCACGGAAAUCCCGCAGACGUGGUGCUUAUACAAAGAGGUCCAGGGAUACUACGAAGACGGGAUGACUGUUCCUGACGAUGUCACGCUCAUGUGGACGGACGAUAACUGGGGGAAUAUCCGACGCUUGCCUACGUCCAGUGAGAUGAACAGGACUGGAGGUGCGGGCGUCUACUACCACGUCGGAGGCCCGCGUAGCUACAAAUGGAUAACAACUACACAGAUAUCUAAGAUCUAUGAGCAAAUGUCCCUCGCCGUGGAUCGAGAAGCCACUCGCAUCUGGAUCGUCAACGUUGGCGACCUGAAGCCUUACGAGCUGAACAUCGAGUUCUUCAUCACCCUCGGUUAUAAUUCGUCUGUGUGGAAUCCCGACAACCUGGACAGCUUCGUAACAAGAUGGGCCGAACGAGAAUUCGACGUCCCGGCUUCGACGGCUUUACAAGUCACGGGCAUGAUUGGAAACACCACCAGGAUGACUGCAAGGAGGAUUCCUGAGUUGAUGAACUCUACGGUCUAUACCUUGACGGACUACCGGGAGGCCGAUAACGUGAUGUCUGAGUGCCAAAGCCUUAUCCAACAGUCGACGCAGAUAUACAACUCACUCUCGGCCACAUACCAGCCCGCGUUUUAUGAGCUUGUGCACCACACGGUCCUCGCUAGUGCCACUCUCCAUCUGAUGUGGAUCUACGCUGGAGUCAACAACCUAAUGGGCUCGCAGGGCCGUUAUGCCGUGAACACGUACGCGGAUCUUGUGGAACAACUGUUUGAACAGGACUACGAUUACGAGGAUCAAUAUCAUACACUAUUGGAUGGGAAAUGGGAUCACAUGAUGGAUCAAACGCAUGUCGGAUACGUCUUCUGGGACCAGCCAACGACCAACAACAUGCCCAUGAUAACUCGUAUGCAGGCCAGAAAGGAGAAUAUUGCCGGUGUAAUGCGUAUUGUGCCAGAAGGCACCAUGGGCGCGUGGCCUGGCGAUAACAAAUACAAUUGCGCCAACUGCCCUAUAACCCUAGAUCCGUACAUGCCGUUCGGGAACCGGUACGUCGACAUUGGCGCAGGCGGCCCGGCACCGUUCAGCUGGAGGGCCAGCACGAAUGCAUCCUGGCUCAACGUGAGCACCACGUCGGGGUCUAUCGACACGAACAACUCGGAGACACGCGUGUAUGUCAGCGCCAACUGGAGCCAGGUCAGCGGGGUCCAGUACGGCGCGGUCACUUUCAGGGCGACGACGCCCAAUCCACCCAACCCGGGACAGACUGUGCUAUCUCAAUCGGUGUACUUCGUCGCUAAUAACACUUCACCUGCCGCCGGGUUCUCAGGGUUCGUGGAGGGAGACGGAGGCAUCUCUAUCGAAGCAGCUCAUACGUCCCGGAACACGUCCGUAGCAGGCAUCACCUGGAAGGAGAUUCCGAACUACGGCAGGACCAUCUCGGGCGUGACCCCUUGGCCGCGUACCGGCGACAACGGCGGUAACUUCACCGCAGGCACUGGGCCCAGCAUUGAGUAUGACUUCUAUAACUUCAAUACCAUCAGCCAAACCGGACGUGUCACUGUGACGACGUACGUCUCGCCAUCACUGAACGCGAACGGCGACGAUCGCCCGCUGGGUUUUGCCAUCGGUAUAGACAAUGGGACGGUGCAGUCGGAGUACUUUGUCCCAUAUGCGACGCCAGGGCAGCUGCCGCCUCAAUGGGACGGCCUCGGCGGCUGGGUAGCGGACGCGAUCAUUCCGGUGGCGACGACCUUCACGAUCGCACCUGGUGCCCAUACUCUGAAGAUUUGGAUGAUCGAGCCCGCCGUCGUGGUCCAAAAGAUUGUCAUUAAUACUGGAGGACUGCGGUACAGCUAUCUCGGUCCUCCGCAGAGUGUCACGGUUGAGUAGCUCGGAUGAAGGUUCAUAUAUAUUCUUCCCACGUUCUUUAACUUUCAUUCUAUUCGGACAACCGCCGUAUACCCGUAGUGUUCAGACGCAGUGCGGACAAUGUGCGUCGCUGCCGCUCGUUUUCUUUGAUUGUUCUGGCACCGACUAUAUGUUUGUCUGUUACUAAGUAUACCCAGCUGGCAUGCAUCACGGUCCUUCUUUAUACCCUGAGCGCAAAGGUCCAGAAGCUGAUUCGCG